AUGGACAGCAUGAGUACAGAAAAGAGCCAAAAUAGUAUUGUUUCAAGGAUCAAAGCUUUUGAAUCCCAAGGAACUAAUGAUACCUCAGGAUUAUCAAAAAAGCCAGAAAUUGCCCCUCGUUCAUUUCCCCCAAGACCUGUUACUGCAAAGAAGCCAGUGGUUGCUCCAAAGCCAGGCAUAAGCAGAAUUGCAGGAGACUGGGAUGCAUGGACAGAAAGCAAACCAACACCUUCCAAGGAAUUGCAGCCUCAACCUGAAGUAGCUGGGAGCAGUGUUGUAACCAAACCUGAACUGCCAAAGAAGCCAAAACCUGGCCUUGUUAAAAGUAGUAGUAGUGAUUUUCUUGAUGCAAGGAGUGGAUCAGUUGCAGAGAACAGUGAUGGACGAAAGAAAUUUCCUGUUCCUGCUCCAAGGCCUCUCGUUCCUAAAAAGUCACGUCACACAGAAAAUCCUGCCUUUUCUUUGGCCUCACUAAAACCCAUCGCUGCUCCCCCACAAGCUUCCGUAUCUGCCCAAGAAAAAGUUUUCAAGUCUCUGGAGGAAUUGUCACCUGCAGCCAGCUCCCCAGCACCUGUCUUGCAAAAUAAACUAGAUGUGGAAGGAGAUCUGAUCAGUUUUGAUGAUGACGUUUUGCCCCUAAGUCCAACUUGUGUAGUUAAAGAUAGCAUCAGUUCUGAAGCAGCAGCAGAUCCAUUUCAGUUCCUCACCAAAAGUGAACUUGCAAAGGAACAGACAGCUGCUCAACCAGCUGUAGCCCGGAAACCCACUGUGAUCCGAAUCCCAGCUAAACCUGGGAAACGUAAGUCCUUCUCCCAAAUUGAGUUGGAUCAUUCAGAACAGGGUGGAGUGCCCCAGCUAGAACCUGUACUACCCCCAAGGGCUGUGGAUGGAAAAAUUAUACCUGCUCGACCUCCUCCACCUAAAGGUGUUCCUGGAAGGCCACCUCCACCAAAACUCUCUACAGCCAAGACCUCCUCCCAGAAGGAUGUUCUUUCACGAUCUACUUCUGACAUCGCUCCUGAUAAAAAACCCAGCAAGUUCAGACUGGGACCCAAGAGAGCAAAAAGUCAAGUCUUUAAAAAUCCAGAUCCGGCAUUACCUCCUAGACCUAAACCAGGUCAUCCUCUCUACAGUAAAUACAUGCUACCUAUGCCUCAUGGAGUUGCCAAGGAAGAUUGUCUUCCCAGGAACCCUGGAGAACUGUCCUGUAAGGAUUCAAACCAGCCUCCGAAAGUUUCUGACACAAGUGCACCUCAUGCUGUAGUCCUGCAUGAUUUUCCUGCAGAGCAUGCUGAUGACUUGGACCUUCAUUCUGGGGAGACCGUUUGUCUUUUGGAGAAAAUUGAUACUGAGUGGUACAGAGGAAAAUGUGGGAAUCGCACAGGGAUAUUUCCUGCCAGCUUCGUUAAAGUAGUUAUUGAUGUUCCAGAAGAAGGCAACAGGAGAAAAAUACCCUGGUCAUCACAGUGUGUUAAAGGCCCAAGAUGUGUAGCACGAUUUGAAUAUAUUGGAGAUCAGAAAGAUGAGCUCAGUUUUUCAGAAGGUGAAACGAUAAUCCUUAAAGAAUAUGUAAAUGAAGAGUGGGCCAAAGGAGAGCUCAGAGGCACGUCUGGAAUUUUCCCCUUGAACUUUGUGGAAGUAGUUGAAGAUCUGCCUGGAACAGGUUCAGGAGCAGCACUGAAGAACAGGGUGGAGGCGACUUCUUCCCUUCCUCAGAACAACAGUCGCUCAGCAGAGUGGUGUGAAGCACUUCAUGAUUUUACAGCAGAAACCAAAGACGAUUUAUCCUUUAAAAAGGGAGACUACAUCCAAAUACUGGAACAAGUAGAUUCGGAGUGGUACAGAGGAAGACUGAAUGAAAAGGAAGGGAUUUUCCCAGCAGUUUUUGUUCAGACCUGCUCAGCCAGGGUAGAGCUGUCACAGUCUGUAGGAGGGAAGAAAGGAAAAGCCAAAGCUCUUUAUGAUUUUCAUGGAGAAAAUGAAGAUGAGCUUUCCUUCAAAGCAGGUGAUACAAUAACAGACCUGGAAUCUGUAGAUGAGGACUGGAUGAGUGGAGAGAUACAAGGAAAGUCUGGGAUAUUCCCCAAGAACUUUGUUCAGAUUUUAAGAACGCCAUGAAGUGUUGCCUCUCUUUGUGCUCCCUGCAUGUGGGAGAGAAUGUUUUCUAUCCUAAAGGCACAACAAAGACAUCAAUGUGUUUUGACUAUCAAUGUUUUGCACUACUUUUUCUAGACAGUCAUACUAGUAUCUCGAAGUCAAAUAAGAAAAUUUUAGUCUUUUGUGACAGUGUAUGUAGUCAUGCUUCAUGAAUGCUCUGAGAGCAAAUACAAGCAGGAUUUUUAGCUGUUUCCAACUAGGGAAAUACUGUGGUGCAACACCAUUUUAACUUAAAUAGCAUUCUACUAUGUUUACUGUCUGGUAUUAUAUUUAUCAUGCACAAAGUCU